AAUAAAUAAGGAGUGUAUCACUUUGCUCUUCACUUUAUUGUCAUAGAACAUGUACAUCGUUCUAGUUCUGCUCUCGUUGGUCUACGUAGUCAUGCCACAACACCAUGCUGCUGCGCAGUUUGCAGUACGCAGUCGUGAUAUCAAUUCCCUAACCGAAUGCGUGGUGGGGUACUCGGCCCGGAGAUUGUACGAUUAUGGAUGCUGGUGCCGCACAGUUGGUUUGGGUACACCAAUCGAUGCCGUUGACAGCUGCUGCUUUAAUCUUGAUCAAUGCUACGGUGAGACUGUGAGUAGCGGUAUAUGCAACCCAGGGGAGAGGUAUUUCCGUUCGUACAAGUGGAAUUGUGUCAACAAGCAGGCCGUAUGUAGCCCUACGAACACCGGUUGCGCAGCGGCUCUUUGCAAAUGUGACAAUGAAUGUGCUCAAUGCUGGAAGAGUACUGGGUUUAUACCCCCUGUACCCUUCAGAAAGCCGCAAUGCCGCAAGUAAAGGGCAAUACGAUACACAUGGAGACACUGCUCAUGGUUACUUAAUCUUCAAAGUAUUUCACAUGGCUUUCCAAAUCUUCCUCUUUUGAUGAUUGUUUAUUCUGCAAACGUUCUUUUUUCAAAAUUUCAUGCAAUGUCUCCUGACCUCCCAUGUUUAUUUGCGUGAAUGUUUCAUGCAUAAAGUAUUUGGCAGCA